AUGAACAUACAAUCGGUGAUCGACUCACUGACAACAGGGGACACCACAGAUAGUGUUUGCAGAACAUGUCGGCAUGCCGCUGAGGCUUUCCGAGUUGCUCUCCGAUGGUUGUCCAAGAGAGAACUAAUUCGUUACGGGAGGAUCGGCUGUAACCACGUCGCGAAUAUAAUGUCUCGAGAAGUGUGCCGCGGAUUGCUCAAAAGCUACAUCGACAGCAUUUAUGACAUUGGCAAGCUUGCGUUCAAAGCCGGCGUAUCGGAGCGAGACGCCUGUGCUUUGAUUUUCGGUCCGGACUGCGGAAAUGUGACGGCAGCCGUGCACAUUUGGGAAGUCAAACUGCCGCCUGUCCCGGCACUCCUACCACAAAGCUUGUCGUCCGCGAACAACUUUGAGAUCAUCCAUUUCUCCGACUUCCAUCACGAUCCGAGUUAUCGACAAGGAGCUCUGGCUCAAUGCACUCUGCCCCUUUGCUGCCGUCAGGUGCCUAGCGAGACGAACCAGUCGUCAACAGAGCCGUCGAAACUGGCCGGUCGCUUCGGGGACCUCCGACAUUGUGACAUGCCUAUCGAGACCAUCGAAAGCCUUGUGAACGACGCCUUCACCGUCACCCAGAAGAGUCUUUCCCACAUAUACCUGACUGGCGACAUUCCCCCUCAUGAUGUUUGGAAAUCAAAUCAGGAGGAAUACUUCAACAUCUCGAAAACAGUAUACGAUCUUCUGAAGGCCCGCUUCGCCGUGAAGAUGUAUCCCGUGGUUGGGAAUCAUGAAGCGGUUCCCCCGAAUUUGUUCUCGAGCAAAAACCACAGCUCAUUCCCGGAAAAAAGCACACCACAACUCUACGCAAACCUCGCAUCGUUCUGGUCGACGUGGCUGGGCGAGGAGCAGCGGAAAACGGUUCUACUCGGAGGUUACUAUGCGAUAUCAGUCUCCCCAGCUCUGAAGGUGAUAGCUUUGAACACAAACUUCUGCUACUCGCUCAAUUUCUGGCUACUCGUCGAUUCGAGAGAUCCUGCGGGUCAACUGCAGUGGUUAGUCAAAGAGCUACAGGUCAGCGAGCUUCAGGGUCAGAAGGUCCAUAUCCUGGGUCACAUUUCGCCGGGCAGUUCCGACUGUAUCUUCACGUGGAGCACACAGUUCCUGAAAAUCGUGCAGAGGUUCAGCACGACGAUUACCGGUCAAUUUUACGGACACACGCACUACGAUGAAUUUCGAGUUUUUUACGCUCCGGAUCGCUCCACACCUGUGGGAGCGGCGUUCAUCGCCCCGAGUGCGACCUCGUACUCGUCCGUCAAUCCCGCCUAUAAAAUAUUCACGUACAGCGGAAACGGUGUUCUGCUGGAUGCUGUCACUCGAACAUUCAAUCUUACGAAUGCCAAUGAAGUUGGACGUAUCGAUUGGGAAACAGAAUACCAGACGAGGUCGGCUUUCAAUGUGAAAGAUCUCUCUCCUGAAAGCAUGGACGUCAUCUCGAAGAAGCUCGUCGCAGAUCCGGCGACGUUCCAGACUUACUUCAGACACUAUCACCGAUCCAGUCCAAGUGAACGGUGGUCGUCGUACUCAGAGCGGCGCCAAGUGACCAUGGCCUGCUCAACGAGGACUGACGUACAUCACGACAACUCGGCAUGUCUUUCUCGGAAAUGACUUCACUGAAGGAACAUCAUCGCGAGGCUUGCACGUAUCAGAGAGAACCUGAGCUGAGGACGCUAAGUUAUUGUGACAGAAAAGGUUUAUCAGGGCUUCGUCCGUCGCCGGGCGGGGCUUCAACGAUCCUAGAGAAGGGUGCAUGUUUUAUAUUUCCGAAAAUAUCGGGCAUGUUAUUGAGCCACGAGCUCCUCGUACAUAUUCCACCAUAAAUUAUUAUAUCGACACUUGUGAGGUUGUGAGACGAUGCCUGCCAGGAAAAGCGGCAGAUUUUUGGAGGAUCCGAAUCUGAUAGUUGCGAUCGAGACUU